UUCGCAACAUGAAGGUGUUUAUAACAUUUUUGGCGCUUGCCAUCGCAUCAGCUGCGGCGGUCGAGGAAAUCGUCCGUCCAAAGGAUUUGCCGAAGAUCACUGGCAAUAAGAUCGAAGGCCGCAUUACUAAUGGGUACCCGGCAUAUGAGGGCAAGGCGCCCUACACGGUCGGUUUGGGCUUCAGCAAGAAUGGUGCCGGAUGGUGGUGUGGUGGUUCCAUAAUUGGCAAUACCUGGGUUCUAACCGCAUCUCACUGCACAGCCGAUGCUGAAUCCGUAACUGUCUAUUUUGGCGCUACGUGGCGCACCCAAGCCCAAUACACUCACUGGGUUAGCAGAACCAAUUUUAUUAGCCACUCCAGUGCCGACAUCGCCCUCAUCCGUAUUCCCCAUGUGGACUUCUGGUCUAUGGUCAAUAAGGUUGAGUUGCCCAGCUACAACGAUCGUUACAACAACUAUGAGAGCUGGUGGGCCGUCGCCUGCGGCUGGGGUGGCACCUACGAUGGCAGCCCCUUGCCCGAUUGGCUUCAGUGCGUCGAUCUUCAGAUCAUCAGCAAUUCGGAAUGUAGACAGACAUAUGGCUCUGGCACUGUCACUGACUCUGUUAUAUGUGUGCGGGUUCAAGACGGCAAGGGCACCUGCCAGGGCGAUUCUGGCGGUCCAUUGGUUACACACGACGGUAACAAAUUGGUGGGUGUUACCUCAUUCGUUGCUGCUGCCGGCUGCCAAGCUGGUUUGCCUGCUGGAUUCGCUCGCGUCACCAGCCAUUUGGAUUGGAUUCGCGAUAAUACUGGCAUUUCUUACUAAAAUUGAAUUUGUAUCCGAAGUUAUUCAAAUAAAAAUGAGUUCUAUAUAAAAGA